AUGGCGCUUACGUUCAACUGGACAAUUCUACGGUCCUUGUUAGCUGAAGGGUUGUGUACAGCGGUCUUUACUUAUGCGGUUUACAGUGUGUCGACUGGAGUGACUAUAACGGAAGAUACGGCGGCGGCGGCAGCAAGUGUGUGUUUGACAGUCGGGUUUUCUAGUGUAGCUAUCAUUUAUGCGUUCAUGGAUAUAACUAUUGCCCACUUUAAUCCGGCCAUUACCUUGGCCGCGAUUCUAACUGGGAAGCUGCCUAUUUUCAUGGGGCUCGGGUACAUUAUCAUGCAAUGUGCUGGAGCGAUGUUGGGCUGUGGGGCCAUGUUGUUGAGUAAGCCGGGUAGUUCUGAGGAUCUGCUAGACAUAUCGCGAUCGAAGAUUUCGGAUGAUGCGUCUAUUGGGAAUGCCUUGCUUACGGAGAUGAUUUUGACGGGCAUCUUAGUUUAUGUGGCCUUCUCGGUGGCCAUUAAUGUGUUCAAUCCGCCUACUCAAGUUAAGAUUGAAGUGCCGGAUGAGGUGGAGGAUAAUGACAAGUUGCGAGUGGUGACUUCUCAGGCACCUAACCGAUCGGCCUUUGCGCCAAUUGCGAUUGGGUACACGCUAGGAUUCUUGGCAUUGCUAGGUUUGGGCUCAAGUGGUGGUGUGUUUAAUCCGGCCGUGACAUUGCCGCCGGUGCUUUUCUCAGGGCACUGGAAGAAUGUUUGGGUGUACUGGGUAGGCCAAUUUGUUGGUGGGAUUGUAGGGGCCUUCCUUCAUGUAAUCAUCUUUGCCAAAUCGGCCUAG